CGAUUUUGUUGUUCGCACGGUGUCCGUGAUUGGAUUUCAUCCAAAUCACUCUCAUCGGACAAUCGCCGGUGAGCAAUGCGCGGCCGGCGAAGAGGAGGGUUUGCCCGGUGAAUUUUCACGCCAUUGCAUUGCCCGGUGCCAGUUAAUGUGAAGUGUACAAGGUUUUACCAAGUGAAAAUGAAUCGAUUGGCUACAGCUAAGUAACCACACCAACCUCGGCAUGAGAUCUGAACAGUUGAAAUUUGCAGACUCCUUCUCACUGUCCCUUGAAUGAGUACUUGAGUAGUUGAAUUCUUCAAUUCUCUUAUAGUUCUUCUCCCGACACUAAUGGAUAAUCUCUUAGCCGAGGACUCUUAUAAAUGCGUGAAGUCCAACUCAGUCACAGGGUUCUGCUUUGUGAUUUUAAUCAUCUAAUGAUGUAGUGGUUCAUUCCCGGUCACAGUCAAGAGUUUCGUUGAUUCUCCUAGCUCAAGCUCCAGAAAUUUAUUCAUUAUGGGAUCAACAACGGAGAGUUGUGAAGAUGCAUUGUAUAGGAUUCCAUCCUCUGUGUUUGCUCCAGAUACGCCUACAAAUCGUGCAGAAUGGAGCAUAGCCUCCAAUGAGUCAUUGUUCAGUAUCCAAAUAGGGAGCUUUACCAGGGAUGAAUUCCUUUGGACAGAACUAGGCUCACCUGGUGCAGAUUCUGUGUCCAGUCCUGCAAACAAUCCCAUCUCUAGUGAAGUGAUAACUGAUGGAAAAGGUGAUGAGAUAGGAAAGCAUGAAGCCUGGGAAGGGGUCGUAAGGGAAAACGAAGAUCAAAUUAACCAAAAAUCUAAUGCUGGGGUGCACAUUUCUCAUAACUCUGCAGACAGUAUGGCCAGUGAAAUAUCCUUUGCAUUCCCAAUAAUCUUUUCACCUUUUUCCCCCUCAUAGCCUCUGAAUGAUCAGUUUGAAUGAAAUGAAGAUUGACAGGGCACGGAAAUAAAGACGGUCCAGAUUGCAUCGGGUGUGGAUUAAGCCAAGAGCAGCGGGCAAUGUCAGAAACACAACCAAUCCAGGAGAAGGAACCAUUAAAAUCAUCAGGGUCAGAGAACCAACAAGCGGAGGCACAGCCAGCGCAAACAACUUGGUUUUCUUGGUUCUUCUCCUGUUGCGCUUCUGUUCUUAGGAAGUAGAGAGAGUUCACCUAAGCAGGUUUUGUCAUUGUGUCAAGUGCUAAAGACAAAACUCUGUAAUUGGUGAAUGCUUUACAUUACACUACAAGCUUCAGAAGUGCUCCUUAUUAUUAUUAGAAGACAAACAUAAACAUCCUGUCCUGUACAUUGGUUAUCUGGAAUAGCAGGAAUGUAAGACAACUAUUAAUGUAUUGCAUGUACAUAAUUCAUACUCUUUAAGGUACAAAAUUUUUAUAA